AUGGCCCAGUCCCUGUGCCCUCCGCUCUCUGAGUCCUGGAUGCUCGCGGCAGGCUGGGGCCCAGCUCAGCCGCCGCCGGCCGCCGACGCGGACUGCGGCUGCUCCCCCGCUUCGUCCCCGGACUCUUGGGGCAGCGUCCCGGCCUGCAGCCCCGUGCCGAGCCCCAGGAGCUCGGCCACCCGCGCCGCCCUCCGCGCCCCGGCAGCGGGGAGGCGAGGCGCGCGGGGCGGCCGCCUGGGCGCCGGGCAGCGGCAGAGCGCCAGCGAGCGCGAGAAGCUGCGCAUGCGCACGCUCGCCCGCGCCCUCCACGAGCUGCGCCGCUUCCUGCCUCCGUCUGUGGCGCCCGCCGGCCAGAGCCUGACCAAGAUCGAGACGCUGCGCCUGGCCAUCCGCUACAUCGGACACCUGUCGGCCGUGCUGGGCCUCAGCGACGACAGCCUGCAGCGCCGGCGCCGGCAACGCGGCGACGCGGCGCCCCCUCGGGGCUGCGCGCUGUGCCCCGACGGCGGCCCCGCGGAGGCGCAGACGCGAGGCUGCUGCUCCGGCCCGGCCGCCGGCGCCGCGGUGUCCUGGGGGUCCCCGCCCGCCCGCCCCGGAGCCCUGGCAGCGCCCGAGCUGCGCGACCCUCCGGUGCUUUACGACCGCGGGGCGGCGUGCCCGGAAGGACCGGCGAUGGAGCCGAGCCCCUCAUCCCCGCUCUUUCCCGGCGACGUACUGGCCCUGCUGGAGACCUCGAUGCCCCUCUUGCCCCUGGAGUGGCCGCCGGCCUGAGAAGUUGAAGUGACGGCGAACAUCUGGCGCCCAAUUCUGUGAGCACCGACGCCUUUUUGGCCUCCGCGCCUUGGGAGCGGUCCCUCUCCAGACUCCCUUUCCUGAAAGAGGGCACCGGAGAUACCGGCAUGGGCGUCGCGGAAAGUGAGAGCCGGCCCCCACCUAGGACGGGCUUCCGCAACCCCUCCCGCGAUGGAGGGGCUCAGAGGGUAGACACUUGGAGACAGGCAGGAGGUCUGCCUAGUAUGUAUUUAUUUAUUUGUGAAUAAACUCUGUGCUGGUGUCA